AUGUCCUCAUUCCUCCUCUCCGCCAACAGGGCUGCCCUCCGUAUGCGAUGGGGCACCUCCAUCAAUCCCGUCUCAGCCAAACCCUUCCGCUGGUACACAACAGAGAUUGAGCGCAAGCCAUUGUUCGACAAGAUCCUCAUCGCCAACCGUGGUGAGAUUGCCUGCAGAAUUAUGAGGACCGCCAAGAAGCUCGGAAUCAAGACUGUUGCCGUCUUCAGUGAUGCCGACAGAAACGCCCUCCACGUCAAGAUGGCCGACGAGGCUUACAACAUCGGACCAGCAGCAUCUGCAGAGAGUUACCUCAAGGUCGACAAGAUCAUCGAGGUCGCCAGAAAGAGUGGAGCUCAGGCCAUCCAUCCCGGAUAUGGUUUCUUGUCUGAGAACGCUGGCUUCGCCGAACGCUUGGCCAAGGAGAACAUCACUUUCAUCGGACCCCCCGGCAGCGCCAUGACCUCAAUGGGAUCCAAGAGCGAGUCCAAGUUUAUUAUGCAGGCCGCCAAGGUCCCCGUUGUUCCUGGAUACCACGGUGAGAACCAGGAUGAUGCCUUCUUGAAGGCCGAGGCUGCCAAGAUCGGAUACCCCGUCUUGAUCAAGGCCGUCAAGGGAGGUGGAGGAAAGGGUAUGCGUAUCGUCGAGACUCCCGAGGACUUCGAAAUCAUGUUGGAGUCCUCCAGACGUGAGGCCAUGAAGUCCUUCAGUGACGACAAGGUCUUGGUCGAGAAGUACUUGGUUACCCCUCGCCACGUCGAGGUCCAGGUCUUUGCCGAUACUCUCGGAAACGCCGUCUACUUGUUUGAGCGUGAUUGCAGUGUUCAGCGCAGACAUCAAAAGAUUCUGGAGGAGGCCCCUGCCCCCGGUCUUUCUGAGGAGCUCAGACGCGAUUUGGGAGAGAAGGCCGUCGCCGCUGCCAAGGCUGUCAACUACGUUGGAGCAGGAACUGUCGAAUUCAUUAUGGACAACACUGACCAAAAAUUCUACUUUAUGGAGAUGAACACCCGUCUUCAAGUCGAGCAUCCCAUCACCGAAAUGAUCACCAACACCGAUUUGGUUCAGUGGCAGCUCGAGGUCGCUGCUGGAAACAGAUUGCCCAAGCUCCAGCAUGAGUUGAAGAUGGACGGAUGGGCGUUUGAGGCUCGUAUCUAUGCCGAAAACCCCAGCAACGACUUCUUGCCCGAUGUCGGUCCCCUCCUUCACGUCCAGACCCCCGAGGCCUCGGAUACCGUUCGUUUGGAGACUGGAUUCGUUCAGGGAGAUGAGAUCUCUGUUCACUACGACCCCAUGAUCGCCAAGUUGGUUGUCCAUGGUGAAAACAGAACCGCUGCUCUCCGUGUCCUCCGCAAGGCCUUGAGCGAGUACGAGGUUGUCGGAUUGAACACCAACAUUGAGUUCUUGAAGACCCUCGCUGCCCACCCCGCCUUCAUUGCCGGAGAGGUUGAGACUGGAUUCAUCAAGAAGUACGAGACCGAUAUGUUCAAGCCCGCUCCUCCUCUUGACCCCGCCACCGUUGCCCAGGCCUCGUUGUCGAUGGUCUUGAGAGAUCUCGAGGCCUCCAAGGAGGCUGCCGUUGCCGCUCAGGAUGGCUCCUCUCCCUUCACCCUCAACUCUGGCCUCCGCCUCAACCAGGUCAGCGAACAGAAGCUCGCCUUCAAGCUCGAGGACCAGGACGUCCAGGUCGGUGUCGAGUUCAACAAGGAUGGAACCUACAACGUCCGUGUUCAGACCCCCAACAAGACCACUGUCUUCAGCAAGGUGAUGGCCAAGUUGGCUGGUGAGAGCAGCGUUAUUGCCGAGAUUGAGAACCGCAUGUACAAGACCAGCGUUGUCCAGGAGGGCGACCAGAUCCACGUCUUUGCCGAAGAGGGCAAGGUCACUUUGGACGUUCCCCAGCCCAAGUUCUUGACUGUCGGAAAGGAGGAGAAGGCCGGUAGCUUGCGCACCCCCAUGCCCUGCAAGAUCUCCCAGGUCAUGUGCAAGCCCGGUGACAAGGUCGUCAAGGGUCAGGCUCUCGUCAUUCUCGAGGCCAUGAAGAUGGAGCAUAUCAUCAAGUCGCCAGUGGACGGUAUUGUCUCUGACGUCUUCUUCAACGUUGGAGAGAUGGUUGCAGAGAACAAGUCCUUGAUUGGUUUCGAGGAGAAGGAGGAGGAGGAGAAGAAGGCUUAA